AUGCCGGCUGGGAUGCACCGCUCCAAAGUGUUGGUCUCUGCUCCACAACCACCACGAUCUGCCGACGAGCUCACGAUGACGCUGUUUCAGCUCGGCCUGUGCGCAGGCUCCAUCUACACCACGUUUUUAAUAUGGGGCCUGCUCCAAGAACGACUCACAAAGACGCCCUACACGGCGGCGCCCACGCUGCUCCAUCCUAAUCCUCAGCCCGAGUACUUUCGCUCGCCGCUCUUCCUCAACACGGUGCAGGCGAUCCUGUCGUCAAUCGUCGCGUGCGUCUAUCUGCUCGUGCGAAAUCGUGGCUCCAACAAGCCUGUCGCACACAUCCUUGGCCUGCAUACGCUCACACCCAACGGCAUCCCACAACCAUCGACCAAGGCCGACACCAACGGCGCGGCGAACGGCCACGCUGCCACUUCGUCUCGCUGGAUAUCGCCGCUGCUCAAGCGGUACGUGGCCAUUGCGGCGCUGCAGAGCACCGCAUCGCAGCUCGGAUUCCUCAGCCUGCGCUACAUCUCGUAUCCCACACUCACGCUCGCCAAGUCGUGCAAGCUCGUGCCCGUGCUCAUCAUGAACGUCGUCCUCUACCGCCGCAAGUUCGCCGCAUACAAGUAUGCCGUCGUCGGACUCGUCACGCUCGGCAUCUGGCUCUUCAUGGCUUUCGCACCUUCCAAGCCGGGCAAGAAGGUAAAGGGUCCCGAGAGCAGCAGUCUGGUCGGUCUCUUGCUGUGUCUGCUCAAUCUCGUUCUCGACGGUGCCACCAACAGCACCCAGGACGAUGUGUUCUCCCGAUUCGGCCGCAAGACCGUCUCGGCGGGCCAGAUGAUGCUCGUCAUGAACGCCAUCUCCGCCGUGCUCAUGGCGCUCACCCUCACAGUGCCGUCGCCCUUUUCCUCCGGCGAGCCGAACCAGCUCACGGCUGCACUCGCAUUCGCGCACAAGCAUCCCGAGGUCUGGCGCGACAUUGUGGCAUAUGCGGUGGCAGGCGCCGUAGGCCAGGUUUCCAUCUUCGAAACGCUCGAGCGAUUCGGAAGCCUGACACUCGUUUCGAUCACCGUCACGCGCAAGCUCUUCACCAUGCUCCUCUCGGUGCUCGUGUACAAGCACGAGCUCAGCAACCUCCAGUGGGUCGGUGUGGCCGUCGUCUUUGCGGGCAUCGGCAUCGAGGCUCGCGAAAAGAGGAGGGAGGGUCUAGCAAAGAAGGUGGUCAAUGACCAAAAGAAGGCGCUGCAGAAGGAUGCCUAG